UAUUAGAGGGAGAUCUCCUAACUUUUUUUUUCUUUGUAUCAGGAAGGUUGCGUGGAGAGUUUCCUGGCUGUAACAUGGUGUCCCACGUGUGAUAAUGAUACUAAGUGAUUUAUAAUAUUAUCAUGGGGAAGAAUAAAACAGGUAAAACCAAGGAGUCAAAAAGACAAGCUGACAAAACCGGACAAAAUCCGAGCAAAAAGAAAAUUAAAGGAGAUGGCAAACCUAAGAAAAUCGCACAGGAGGACCACCUCCAACACAUUCCCUUCAGGCUCCGAGAAAUAAUGAAGAGCAAGGAUAAAAUGAAAAACGAAUCUUUGGGGGGCAAAAAGCUAAAAAAAGCCCUCUCUUUGCAGUCUAAACCAAACGAUGCCCUAGAUGGAGACAUAGCUGUUCCUCGAUUCAGGAAGGGGAAGACAGAAAGUGUCGGUGCCUAUGUUAGGCGCAUGGAAAAUGAGACGCAACAUGUGUUGUUCCUCACAAAUAACCAAGUGGAGAGAAAACCUGAGCUUGAGCCGGACAAACAGGAAAAGGCUGCAGCCAAGGGGAAGUCAGAAAAGAAGAAGGAGUAUUCGAAAAUGAGACUGAGCAAACUGCAGCAGAAGAAGUUGGAUAAACAAGAGGACAAAAUAGAGAAAGAGUUGUUUGUAGAUAAUGUUCCAUUUGGUGAAGUUUCCAUGGCUCCACCAUCUCUGAGCACCAAACCAAAGAAAGCUCCAGUCAAAACUCAGGGGUCAAAGGAGUUGCUCCUCAACUCUCUGCUCGGCCACAGCAUGGCCUCCACAGCGAAGCCCUCCAUGGCCAGACAGAGGAUGAUGGAGGAGGAGAGGCAGCGAGCAGUGGAGGCCUAUCGCCUGCUGAAGAAACAGAAACAACAGGAGCAACAGACCAGAAAUGCCAGCCUGGGAAAACUCUUGAACCUUGAGUGACGUCUAACGUCACCAAAAUCAAUAUAACUGCUCAUCUCCAGUUGGUGUGAUGGGCUUCAGCAGGCCUUGAUAUACAGACUUGACAGAAUGAUAAUCUCCUCUGGAUUCCUUAGAGACUCUACUUGCAAACACUUUACACCGCAUUUUUAAAAAUAUGCAGGAUUCACCUACUUUCAUAAAGUUGGGUUAGUUGGUAUUAGGACAUUAAAAAAAAAGAGAGAUUGAACAUGUAUAAUUACUGGAAAACAUGUAAAUGAGUAAACAUUGGAUUACUCAAUGGGUUAAUUGUGUUGGUUAUUUCCUCAUAAAUGCUUGUUUGCAUUUACACUUCCCA